CUGAAUUCUAAAUUCUAAUACUACUGCUGGAUGCUAAUGGGCAAUUUCUCUCUUUCUUCCAUUAUACUACGUACGUUCAAAAGGUCUGGACUAGUCUGGCUCAUGGAACGAGGUUAAGGUUCUUCCCUUUUCGCACCUCUCUUCCCUUUUGCUUGCUUCUCACAACUUUUUGAACUUACUGCCCAAACUGUUUUGUCCUUCCACGUUGUUCCAUCAUCUGAGAUGAUCAGCACUCUAGGAAUCCGCAGCUGGAGAGCGACCUAUGUUAGUAUCAGCUUAUUCUUUCCCAAUUUCACUGACGCUUCCUUUUCUUUCAUCUCUUGUUAAACUCUUCUGCUGAUUUACUUCACAUCUCUAUCAUCAACACUGCCUUUCCAGUUCCCACCUCCUACUUAAUUCCCUCUCCCUCCUUCCAUCUUUUUCUCAUCGCAAUUUCCCAACUCCGCCAACUCUCAAAACUCUCAUCUCUUCUGCUCUAUACUUUCUCUGAAAUGGGUAGCCGUCAGGGCCUCACAUACAGCAGGCUUCACCAUUUUGCCAUUUCUGUUCUCAUUCUCCACCUGGUUUUUAGCUCAUCCCACCUGCGAAUAUUGUUCAACGCUGAAGGUAGACCAAUAGCUAAAACUGUUAGCAAUUCAAAGAUAGGUUCGAGGCCGCCGCGGUGCGAUCGGAAAUGCAGCGCUUGUGGGCACUGCCAAGCUAUUCAGGUGCCUACAAAUCCCCAAAUCAGAGACGGGCACCAGAAUUAUCCCAGAAACUCCACCACUACUGUUUCCACGAUUUUUCAUUCCAGAGGAGAUGAUUACUCAAGCCCAUGA